AUGAACAACGAGAAGACGAUCAUCACCCUUGGUUUCGAUCGAUUCCAGACCUACAUCGGACCCGGCACCUCGAUCCAGGACCGCUCCAAGAACUGCCAGAUCCACGUGAACCUCAAGUACCCCUCUGGCUUCAGCUUCGCCAUCGUCGACAGCGUCUACCACGGUUUCGCCCUCCUCGAGUCCGGCGUCACCGGCGACUUCCUCUCCACCUACUACUUCUCCAACGACGCCGCCAACACCUGCACCACCCGCACCAGCAUCGUCGGCGGCGGCAUCUGGGCCGACGGCCAGGUCUACACCCAGCAGGACACCGUCCCCGCCACCAACGUCAUCCGAUCUCCCUGCAGCGGAUCCGAUGCCAUCCUCAACAUCAACAACCGCAUCAACCUCUCCUCCACCAAGUCUUCCGCCUCCGGCAUGAUCUCCAACGACGAUGCCACCCUCGCUCUUACCCAACAGAUCAACAUCAAGUGGUACUCUUGCUAA